CAACACAAGAAGAAGGAAUAUCAUCAUUCAUGGCGUCAAGCUUGGACUUCCUGGUCAAGAAGACUUACAGUCCUCCUUCCUGGGCAUCCCAUCUCCGCCCUUUACCUUCUCAUAUCUUCUCUCUCGCACAUGUUCCGAGUCCAAUUCACAGAUGGAACCUUCCCAAUUUGCCAAGCAAUACGGAGGUGUGGCUGAAGCGUGACGACCUUUCAGGAAUGCAAUUAAGUGGAAACAAAGUCAGGAAAUUGGAGUUCUUGAUGGCCGAUGCCAUUGCUCAAGGUGCUGACUCUAUCAUUACUAUUGGAGGCAUUCAAAGCAACCAUUGUCGUGCCACUGCCGUUGCUGCUAAGUAUUUAAACCUCGACUGUUUUCUUAUACUUCGCACUUCUCAGCACCUUGUUGACCAAGAUCCAGGACUCGUAGGGAAUCUCCUCGUUGAGCGUCUCGUAGGAGCUCACCUUCAACUUGUAUCCAAAGAAGAAUAUGCAAAAAUUGGAAGUGUGACACUUACCAAUGUCCUAAAAGAAAAGUUGAUAAAAGAAGGGAGGAGGCCAUAUGUUAUUCCCGUCGGUGGAUCAAACUCUUUGGGAACAUGGGGUUAUAUAGAGGCAGUUCGGGAAAUUGAGCAGCAGAUUCAAAGCGGGACAAGCAAUGUCAAGUUUGAUGAUAUUGUUGUGGCUUGUGGCAGUGGAGGCACAAUUGCGGGUCUGUCACUGGGAUCAUCAUUGAGUACAUUGAAAGCAAGGGUACAUGCAUUCUCCGUUUGUGAUGACCCAGAUUACUUCCACAACUUUGUCCAAGGCUUGCUUGAUGGACUCAAAGCUGAUGUUAACUCGAGAGAUAUUGUCCAUAUACAAAACGCCAAGGGUCUUGGCUAUGCAAUGAACACUUCUGAGGAGCUUAAGUUUGUAAAAGAAGUUGCUGAAGCUACUGGUGUUGUUCUUGACCCGGUAUACAGCGGUAAGGCUGCUUAUGCAAUGCGGAAAGAUAUGUUUGAAAAUCCGAAGAAGUGGGAAGGUAGAAAGGUCCUCUUCAUACAUACGGGUGGCCUCCUAGGAUUGUUUGACAAGGUCGAGCAGCUGGCAUCUUUUGUUGGAAAUUGGCAGCGAAUGGAUGUUAAUGGAUCUGUUCCCAGGCAGGAUGGUAUCGGAAAGAUGUUCUAGAGAAGGAAAAUAAAAAAACCCUGGCAUUGCUUUCAUCUAUGUUUUGUAGUAUGUUGCUUUAAAUAAGUUGUAUAUUCUAAGCAAUGCACACACUGAACCCUGAAAUUCAGUUCAGAAUGUAUUAAACGGCAACUAUUUCCCAUCUAUAUCAUUAAAUGACAAUAACUUCCUUCA